ACUGUUAAAGUGGAAGGAGGCUGGAGGGCUUCAUUGGAGCCUCGGAGUUUUUCACUGAGGCAGGGGUCAGCUGAAAGACAAAGAAAAAUGGCGAAUAGUUUGUUGGGGGGUUGGGGGACAGCUCUUCGGGUUUUCACUGGAGUGGACAUUCCAGACUCAGGUUUCUGCAUCUCCUGCUGCUUUUGUUUCCUCCGUCCUUUUUGGGGGGAGGGAUAGGAGUGACUUAAAUUCUCCCUGUCCGAGGUGAUAUAAAUAACUACAUGUAAAAUUAAUGCAGUUCCCGUUGUCGAAAUGUCCACAGAAGGAGGGUUUGGUGGUACUAGCAGCAGUGAUGCCCAGCAGAGCCUCCAGUCCUUCUGGCCUCGUGUCAUGGAAGAAAUUCGGAAUUUAACAGUGAAAGAUUUCCGAGUACAAGAACUCCCACUCGCUCGUAUUAAGAAGAUUAUGAAACUGGAUGAAGAUGUGAAGAUGAUCAGUGCAGAAGCCCCUGUGCUCUUUGCCAAGGCAGCCCAGAUUUUUAUCACAGAGCUGACUCUUCGAGCUUGGAUCCACACAGAGGAUAACAAGCGCCGUACACUUCAGAGGAAUGAUAUCGCCAUGGCAAUAACAAAAUUUGAUCAGUUUGACUUUCUCAUCGAUAUUGUUCCAAGAGAUGAACUGAAACCUCCAAAGCGCCAGGAGGAGGUGCGCCAGUCCGUGACUCCUGCCGAGCCUGUCCAGUAUUACUUCACGCUAGCUCAGCAGCCCACUGCUGUCCAAGUCCAGGGGCAGCAGCAAGGCCAGCAGACCACCAGCUCCACGACCACCAUCCAGCCUGGGCAGAUCAUCAUCGCACAGCCUCAGCAGGGCCAGACCACGCCAGUGACGAUGCAGGUUGGAGAAGGUCAGCAGGUGCAGAUUGUCCAGGCCCAGCCACAGGGUCAAGCCCAGCAGGCUCAGAGUGGUACGGGACAGACUAUGCAGGUGAUGCAGCAGAUCAUCACUAACACAGGAGAGAUCCAGCAGAUCCCGGUACAGCUGAAUGCUGGCCAGCUGCAGUAUAUCCGCUUAGCCCAGCCUGUAUCAGGCACCCAAGUCGUGCAGGGACAGAUCCAGACGCUUGCCACCAACGCCCAACAGAUCACACAGACCGAAGUCCAGCAAGGACAGCAGCAGUUCAGCCAAUUCACAGAUGGACAGCAGCUCUACCAGAUCCAGCAAGUCACCAUGCCUGCAGGCCAGGACCUCGCCCAGCCCAUGUUCAUCCAGUCAGCCAACCAGCCCUCCGACGGGCAGGCCCCUCAGGUGACCGGCGACUGAGGGCCUGAGCCAGCACGGCCAAGGACACCCAACACAGUUUUUGCCAUACAGCCCAGGCGAUGGGCCCAGCCUCCCUCCCCAGAGGACCCUGCCGACCUCAGCGCCUCCUGCAGGCUAGGACACUGGUGCACUACACCCCAUGCCUGGGGGCCGAGAUUCUUCAACAGGAAGAUGCAAUAUUUUUUAUUUCCUUUUUUUGUCUCCAAGGAAUCAAUAUUUCAUUAUGUUGAGCUGCGUGUCCAAUGCUACGAAGUGAGAAUAUUAAAUAACAUAUUUAUGACAUUUUCUUGAAGUGUGUGGUUAAAGAAAUACUUGGGUUUUGUUGUUUUGGUUCACAUUGUCACUUAUCUUAGGAGGAGAUCUUCAUAGGGGUGCGUGGGAUUUUCUGACUCUUGGAACAGCUGCUGCCCCAAGAUUUGCCACCUUGCUCUGCCCUCAGAUUGAACUGGUGAAUGUGUUAGCUUCUUUCUCACUGGUUCUUUCCCAUCCAUGUGCUCACCCCUGAGCUCCUUUUUUUUUUUUUUUUUUUUUUUUUUUGCAUCCAGAGGCCACAGAAACACUCCUUGUGUUCAGGAGAUGGACUCAUUCCCCAUGGAGAAUGGAUGGGUUCAUUCCACAGCCUUCUUUCCAGGGGCCCAAGGAGACUAGAAAUUAGUGCAUUUUGACCCCCUCCCAAUUUUAUUUUUUAAACACAUUAAAAAUUGUGCUAGUCUCCUUUGCUGCGUGGACUUCAAACUGCAUGAAAGGCAAUAAAUCUCAUUUUAGAUA